CACUCGUCGCUCGCGGUGCCUCGAGUUGGCGUCCGCCCGGAAGGCGGGGCCGGGGCUCACAGAUGGCCCCACUGCCGGGGGCAGAGCUGGUCCAGACACCGCUGCAGCUCUACCGCUACCUGCUGCGCUGUUGCCGGCAGCUGCCAACCAAGGGCGCCCAGGAGCACUACAAGCAUGCUGUCCGGCAGGGUUUCCGGGUUCACUCAGAUGAAGAUAACCCUGAGAGAAUCCUGCAGAUUAUUAAAAGAGCCAUUGAGGAUGCCGACUGGAUCAUGAACAAGUAUAAAAAACAAAACUGAGAAUCCGCAGCCGGCAGCAUGACUGUCCUGGAGACAUUGGAACUGAGAAGCCUCUCUGCUUUUGGAGCUCAGCAGCAGCAGCAGCA